AAGUUUUUCAAAUUUCUCCUUCUGUUAUGCUGGCAUCCCUGACAAUAUCAUUGAUGGCGGCUGUCAGGUAGCUUUACUGCUUGUUGUUGUUGCAAGUUCAUCAAAAGCCAUUGUUUAUUACCGGAGACACUCGGAAUUUGUGAGAAAUGGCGGGUGCAAGUUCACCGAUGAGUUUCGACCCGGUCACGAAGGACAUCAAGAGAUUCCCUUCGCAGACCGAGGAGAUGGCCUGUCAGAGGUGGAAGCUGUUCAGCAAGAACGGUGCUAUCCUCGGUUCUAAGUGCCAGAAGGGCGGCCAAUGCGUUGAUAAGACAGACAUGUGUCAAUUCUGCUUAUUCACACUAGAAGUGCCUCUGCCUCACUUUCCUGACAUGGUGUUCCCAUUCAACUUGCUCCAGUUGAAACACGAUUCGGGCUGCACGCUGGAAUUCUCAGCUCUCGGGGCCUUGAAAGAGGUCGGUGAAAUUACCAACGAGCUAGUCGUCGCUUGCUCUCAGUCCUGGAAAGACUCGAGGAAAGACUGCAAGUUGAUUGAGGAGGGUGUGAAACAUCCUUUCGACUGGACAUUCUCCACUUCCUACAAAGGCACCCUGCACGGGCCUGUGACGGUCGAACCGACAAAGGAGAGAAUCGACAUGGAGAAACUCAAAGUAAAGGAGAGGAUCUUAUACUAUCAAGACAUCACUCUGUUUGAGGAUGAACUUCAUGACAACGGCAUUUCUGUGUGCACCGUUAAAAUUAGAAUGAUGCCCAACAGCUUCUACCUCCUGCUACGUUUCUUUUUGCGAGUCGAUGGAGUGCACAUUCGUUUGAAUGAGACGAGGAUCUAUCACGAGUUCAAUUGGAAGUACUUGCUCAGAGAAUACACGUCAAGGGAAGCAUCGAUGGCCGCUUUGAAUAUUCCAUCUGCUGUUUGUGUGGAUCCCAACAGAAUCAUGCAUCUGCUGCCAAUCGUGUCCUUCAGCUACGACAAAAUCAUCCUGCCUGACGAUGUUGCUGCAGAAAACGGAUCUCCGUGCACAGACGAGAAGAAAGAGGAGUGAAAGACUUUCUUACUUUUAAUGUACAACUCUUUUUUUGUUUUGCUCAUUUGAGAAAUGAGUUUAAGGUUUUCUGUAUUAUUUUGUAAAUACACACAGGAAUGUGAAAAA